UAAACAAAAAUAAUAAACACGAAGGUCACGAAGAGUUGAUUGCGAGUGCAUAUGAAUUAAAUAUGUAUUAAUUUCUUUAACCAGUCACGCACUUUGCCCUUCACUUAAUGGACACAUCAGCAUUUUAAUUGGAACUUCAGAAUCUCUCUGGCUGGAGAAAAGUCAAGCUCGGAAAAAUGGAUAAAAUAUUUUGCCUAAUUCCAAUCAUUUUGGUAGCUACCGGUUGGCUUUAUUUUCUCACCCGACUUGCUCCUGAAGUUGAAUUAGAGAAAGAGACAAAGCUGCAGUUUCCUGGAAACCUGCAGGAGCUCCAGGAUGUUGCCAAAUUGAUGUCGGCUUACUACUCAAAAAAUUGGUACUACGUCCUGGUUUUAUUCAGCAGCGCUUACUUGUACAAACAGUCAUUCAUGAUACCCGGUUCAGUUCUUCUGAAUGUGCUCGGAGGUGCUCUUUUCGAUUUCACAAUUGCGUUCCCACUCGUCUGCUUUCUAACUGGAGUUGGAGCUUCCUGCUGCUUUUUACUGGCCAAGACUUUUGGAAAGGACUUCAUUCAAAAGAAAUUUCCAAACAAAAUUACUUGGCUGCAGCAACAAGUUGACCAAAAUAAAGAACGACUGCCGUACUACUUGCUUUUCCUCAGGCUCUUCCCAAUGAGCCCAAACUGGCUGAUAAAUGUCUUGAGCCCCAUGGCUGGAAUUCCUCUGUCUCUCUUUGCUUUGACAGCUACAAUAGGUCUGAUGCCUUAUAAUUUUGUCUGCGUGCACUCUGGGAAAAUGUUGGCCAGUCUUAAAUCUCUGGACGAUUUGUUUAGCUUUUCUACACUUGUGCAAAUGGCCAUUCUUGCUUUGGUGGCUCUAGGGCCAAGCAUGCUGGUCAAGAAGACUAGUUUUACACAGCAAGCAAAGCACCAAAAAGUUGAAUAAAUUGUAAUGUUCCGACAUGUUUAUCUUAUACUUUACGUGGACGAGCAAGACUGCAUUAAUUUAAUUUUGUAUGUGAAAGUGUGAUAAUAUAAUGAAAUUUGGUGUUCAUAUAGACUAAA